AUGGAUAUGAAUAUGGAGGUCGUCCCUUUUCGGAAUUCCGUCGUGGAGACAACAGCUUCAGAGGCCAUUCCCCAACUCAACUUUUAUGCAUUGCCAUCUACAACUACCGAGGUCCAGGAAGCCAGCUACUUCCCAAGUUCGCAUGAAACCGAGCUGGGUCCUGAAUCCCUACUACUUCUACCAGAGCUGGGUGUACCAGUCACGACCCUAAACACAGAAGUCUCACAAGAUGAGUACCAAGACACGACCGUCUGCGCUGUGGCCCUGGAGCUGGUCAUGAGCUGCAACACAAAGAACCUAAGUAUUCUAGAGCUUGAUAUGCGACUCCGAUGUGGGUAUAGGAGUGCGCGGUUCCAGUGGGAAGGCUGCAGGGUCGACAACCAGGUUUUGUUUGCUGUACUUUCUGAGAUUACGUAG